AUGCCGCUUCGACCGAGCGAGGGCAAUCGCGAAGAGCUCACUGCAGAGUGCACAACUGCCGCAACUGUGGCGAAGUCCGAAGAACCACGGCGGCCAUUUGCAAACAAGGUCACAAAGCGACCGUCCACGGUGCCAAAGAGAUGCCCGUCCAAAAGUGAGGAGCCGAACAAGGAGAACGAGAAAAAGACACCCAGGCCUUUCCCUCAAAGAGCCCAAGUCCACCAGGUCUUCAACAUGUUUGAUGAGAGGGAAGCUGAAGCAGCAUCGCAUGUCGAUGCGUCACCACAUGUUCUGGAAGUGUGGAAGCUGAAACCAGAGGAACCAGAGGAAACUCUACCACAGGGCGAGCCUCUACCGCAGGGACAGUGUGGCGUGAUGUGA